AUCGGUGCGGUGCAUGCUUCCCUACCUACGCACGUACUGGGGCACUCGGGGUCCGGGGGGGAGGGGGCGGGGGGAAGGGGGAGAAGAAACGUUGGGACGAGGCACAGAGAUGGAGAUGCACAGUACGGUGCAGUACGGUACGGUAACUAUGGUAUGGUAUGGCAUGGUGUGUUAUGCUUGUGGUUGUGGUUGUGCUGUGGUGUUACGGGUACGCACGCAGACAGGCAGUUACAGACAGGCAGGCAGUUACGGACAGGCAGGCAGUUACGGACAGGCAGGCAGUUACGGACAGGCAGGCAGGACUUGCCCACUCCAUCCCUCCUGCGCAGGGCAGAGACGAGUGUGGAGACGGUGCACGACUCGCGAGGACUUUCCUUCGCUCCCUGCCGGCCGGCCGGGUCUAUCGUGUACGUACGGGUAUGUAUGUGUGGAUGUAGGAACCAUAGUACAAGGUAUGGUACAGAUCUCGCUCGCAUCGCGAUGGGGAUGGAGAUGAGGAUGGAGAUGAGGAUGCGGACGGAAACCGUAGUGUACCACCUACAGCACCGUGAACGCCGUCCGCUCCCGCCCAAUGCAAUGCCCGCGUGGAGCAUCACCGCCCGCAGACGCCCAAUAGAUACGGUCCGUAAUCCCCCUUCACCCUUGUGUCUUCGCCCCUUCACCACACCCCGCCCGUUCAAGAUGCCAAUCCCAAUACUAGUAACCAGAUCCUACUCGUGAGUCGCAAGUCGCCGUCCGUAGCCAAUUCGCCAAUUCGCUGUCUGUAGUCAGCGUGGAGGGGGAGGGGAGAUGGGAGGUGGGAAGUAGUGCAGUGCGGGGCAAGAGUCGAGACUCC